CUGACUAACAGCUCAGCUUUCGGUGCACUUACCAAGAGCUCAGCUUUCGGUGCAUUGACAAACAGAUCAGCAAUGGGUAUGUCCACCAACACGUUAGUCACACAAAAUGAAUUCAUCGCCCUGAUAGGGAUGUUCACGACCAUCGACAUGAUUCUAUCCGCCACGGGUGUGGUCAGCAACCUCAUCAACAUCCGAACGUUCGUGGCCAUGGGAGCAGACGACGGGGUCACGGUGUCCUUCCUGUUCCUCUCCUUGUCCGAGUUCACGUGCUGCCUGGCCGCCCUGGGUCAGAAACUGGCCAUGGCGCUGUGGGUCACGGAGAUGGCCACGGAAUACAAAACCUGGUUUCACGUCAACCCUUACGCUUUUAACUCGUUCUUCGGAAACAUACGAACCUGCCUCUUCGCAAUUCCCGUUUUUAUCACCACGUACCUCGCUGUGGCCAAAUGCAUGUGCGUUGUUAAACCCUUGGGCUUCAAAAAUAUGUUCUCGGUGACACGAACUGUUAAAAUCAUGUAUGGGAUAUGUGCUUUUUCUUUGCUGGCGUACGUCCCCGUAUUGGCCACCAUGGGCAUCGCUGAGCAGUUUGAUAAAAAUGUCAACACGACCCGUAAGGUGAUGUGGUUCUCGCCAUAUCGAGACCUCGUCAAGAAUAUCGUCUGGAAUGUCAGGGAUUCGUUCCCGGCAAUAGCUUCUGAAAUCAUCAUCGUCGCCUGCGUGGUUGUCAUGACGCGGUCUCUGUCCGAAGCUGUCGGAUGGCGGGAGAAGUUUCGAUCGGAGACUCUAUCGGACGAGCGGGACACCCACCAGAAUGUGAUAAAUAAAACACUCAAGAUGAGCCACAUUCCAAGGGGUAAUCUCGGCGGUAAGCUGAAAGGUAAGCCCAGCGGCAAACUGAGCGGCAAGGAGCUCCAGGUCAUUAAACAAGUCACUGUCAUCUGCGUGGUCUACGUCAUUGGGAACACGCCUAAGAUCAUCAUCUUCCUGGCAUUCGCACUCGUGCCGGACCUAACGCCCGGGGGCAGGUACCAAAACCUCUAUGAGGUAAUCUUUAAGUCCAGGGAGCUCUCGGAGCUCCUGCUAUCCGUGGUCCACAUUUUCAUCUACUAUAAGUACAACUCGAAAUUUCGACUUUUUUGUAAGUGUUAA